GCUAAUAGUGGCGAGGGGGUGAUAGUGGAUAAGCCGGGUGGGCAAAUAGUCGCAGUCGGUACAACUAUGAAUUGUUGAAAAACAGACGUGAGCUCCAGUCCAGAUUGCACUGUGAUUUAAGAAGGAAAAAAAAAGAAAAAAAAAGAGAGUCGCUUAAGGGUGCAGUGGUGGGCAGGAGCUAAGUGUGGUGAUCAUGGGUGAGGCCAUCUGUCCUGUUCUUCCGCGCCGAGCGCUCGGCUCGCAGGGCAUGAUGACGUCAGCACAAGGGUUGGGGUGCGCGGCAAUGAGCGGUGGGCACUUGGGGGAGGCGAAGCCGGAGGAGGAGAUGGUGACGCUCAUCCGACAUGCUGUCGACGUGAGAUUGACAUUCUUUGACACGUCCGACUUCUACGGAUGGCACACCAACGAGGUUCUGCUGGGCAAAGCUCUCUCUCCGAUCCGAGACAAAGUCGAGAUCGCGACCAAGUUCGGGAUGAAGGUUGAUCCCGACAAGGGGAUGAGAGUGGACGGCUCCCCGGAGUACGUGCGCGCGGCUGCGGAGGCAUCUCUCAAGCGCUUGCAGACGGACUACAUCGACCUGUACUACGCGCACCGCAUCGAUCCGACGGUCCCGAUCGAGGUGACGAUGGGGGAGCUGAAGAAGCUGGUGGAGGAGGGGAAGGUGAAGUACUUGGGGCUGUCGGAGGCGACGGCGGAGACCAUCCGCCGCGCGCACGCCGUUCAUCCGAUCACGGCGGUGCAGCUGGAGUGGUCGCCGUGGGAGCGCGGGGUGGAGCGGGAGAUCGUGCCCGUCUGUCGGGAGCUGGGGAUCGGGAUAGUUUCGUACAGUCCGCUCGGUCGCGGCUUCUUCUCUGGCAGCUUCGUAGAGCAGAGGGAGUUCGAGAGCGGCGACUUCCGGCAGAUCGACCCCAGGUUUCAGCAGCUGGAGAAGAACAGAGUCUUCUACGAGAGGCUGAAAGCAAUGGCGGACAAGAAGGGGGUCAAGCCUGGCCAGCUUGCGCUCGCUUGGGUGCAUCAGCGCGGGAACGACGUCUUCCCCAUCCCCGGGACCACCAAAAUCGGCCACCUGGAAGACAACAUCCGAUCAGUGGAGGUUGUGCUCUCGAAAGAGGAGAUGGAGGAGAUGGAAGCAGCCUUGCCAGUAGAGGAGGUCGCCGGAGAGCGAUAUCCGUCGUUCAUCAUGGCGCUCUCGUGGGAGGCGGCGCAGUCAGCGCAGACUCCGCCUCUGGACACGUGGCUCGCCAGUCGCAGUCAGGCUAAUUCGCAGGCUCGAGUUGUCAUCAUCACCUAGCCGGAGGAAGUCAAGGAGCAUGGGCUUCAGGCUGGUCAUCGAAUCUGUGGACGGGUGAGGAUUCAAAAGGGAAAGCACAAAGACAAAAAGGAAGAAACAAAGAGAAAAGGCAUCAGCUCGCGGGAGAUGUUCACUCCGUCAACGGCGGAGGUGGGCCUGUACUUGGUCAACGGCAGGUCCUCGGUCAAAGGCGGACUCGGCGGAGGUGGGCGUGUGGAACGAUGUUCAUUCUGACUACCGUCUUCGCCCGAACAUAACGCACCCUCGUUUUGCCUGUACCGGAACGGAAAGAUAGCUUCUGUGCAUUCAUGAUCAGGGUGCGUUAUGUUCGGGGGGGAACGACGGUAGGGCAAUAGUAAGAUGAAGAUCCCCGUGCGGAUGACCACGUGGUGGCCACGUGGUCGAAACCGUGCAGGGAGCCAUAACCCGCCGACUUAUAGCAAUCAUCGUACGAUCUGUACUUUCCGUACAUACGUGUCGUACUUUGAGUUUGCAUGAGCUUUCUCUGUGUGCACGACGGCACGUGUGUAUUCAUGGGCUUCGCCUGUGUAUCUCAUCACGUACUGAGUGAAACCUUGUGGGACGGGGGGCAGCCAGCCACGACAGACUCCACCGCUGGACACGUGGCUCCCCAGCACAGUCAGGCUAAUAAGCAGGUUCGUCGUCGUCAUCACCUACCAUCUUAGGCCGAAGACAAGGCACCCUCAUUCAGGCCGUAUCUGACCAGAAUUGUAGCUUGUAUACACUCAUUCUCAGGGUGCGUUAUGCUCGGGGGAAGACGGUAGUCGGAGAACGGUAGGACGGGUGAGGAAUAAUCCAAUGGCUGUAGGCUGUUCAUCUAAUUACAGGACGGGUGAGGGAUAAUAAUAAUAGGAUAUAAUAAUAAUUAAAAAAAAAAAAGCAAUAGGCUUGUGUCUCCAAUCUCUGUAUAUAUACACGUUGUAAUCAAAGCCUUGGGCACUGGACCCCCCGUUUCUUCUUCUUCUUCUUCUUCUUCUUCUUCUUCUUGAAGAAAACAAACAAGGUCUUUUUGUCACUAAUCCCACUGCUACCGCCUUCCCCCGAACACAACGCACCCUUAUUUUGGCUGCAUCUGCCCGGAAUAUAGCCUGUAUACAUUCAUUUGUAGGGUGCGUUAUGUUCGGGGGAAGACGGUAGUAAAUACAGGGCCUCUGCGAGCCCUAGGAUGGAUUUUGAUGCUAAGUUGAAUAGGGUUGGACUAUUAGCUUUUGCGAGGAUUGCUUCCCAAACUCACUUAAAUUGGCACAAGUGAGAGACGCUGCAUUGAGACUCUUGAGAGUGUGAAUUGGCCAGUCGAUGUGUCAGCCAUAACUUGGGCGAUAGGAAGUAUCGUGAUCGUGAUGCUAUAACUUCAAUAGGGUUGGGUAAUAUAUUAGGGGAUAAUUAGGCCUGCCAGGAUUGGUCCCCAGGCUGUGUGGGUUUGCUGGUGGAGCAUUGAGUCAUUGACUUCGUUGCCUAUACUCCUUGGGCUAGGUCCCACUUUCACGAAUCAAAAGAUACUGACCGUAGAUUGCAAAGUUGAAAGAUCAAUGGCCGAGAUCUCCUAAUUUGCGCAAGUGGGACCUUGCCCCUGGGCCCUGUUCUAUUUGAGAGACGCUGUAGUGAGAGAGAGGAUGUUCACAUAUGGUUAAUAGGUGGUGUCAUUUUCGGCCAUUUUUUCACGGAAACUGCCAUAUUUCCCCCAAUU